AUGAAUUCAGAGAGCUAUGAGCUAAAUUUAAGUAAUUUAAAAAAUGAUAGAUAUGAUAGUACCCUUACUAUGUUCUUUACCUUUAUAUGUGGGUUUUUACUCGGCAUAUUGAUUAAGUACUUAAAGGAAAUAAAAAGAAGUGCUUUAAAAGUAAAGGAAACUUGUUUAAAUAUUGAUUCAAUAUAUAACCUUGAGUGUAAAAUGGUAUUCUGUGUUAGGACAGAUAUAAAAAUGAACAAAGGAAAAAUAUGUUCGCAGUGUUGUCAUGCAUGCUUAUCAGUUUACGAGAAAAUGCUAAAAAGAAAAAAUCAACUUAAAAAUAGCGGAAACUCUCAAAGUGCCUUGACGUACUUCGAUGUGUGGAAAAAAACGGGACAAAAAAAAAUAGUUCUUAAAAUAUCAAGCGCAGAAGAAAUGUAUGAAAUUGAGAGAAAGGCAAAAAUGAAAAACCUUAUAACCUCCAUAAUUAUUGACGCGGGAAGAACACAAAUUGAGCCAAACACGGAAACAGUUAUAGCUAUUGAACCGGUACCAGAUGAAGUAGUUAACGAUAUAACUGGGCAGCUUAAGCUUUUAUAG